GUGCUGGAAGGUCGUCAACAGGAAAAGAAGAAACUCUUAGAAGCAGUGAAGAAGCAUCGUAAAGGGAUGAAAUCGCAGUUGGAAGAUAUGUUGAAUAAUGCGAAACGACUGCAGCGGGAUGAGGAGGUUUCAGUUGUCGUGUUUAUUUUUGUGUUGGAACGGUUGUGUGCGAUAUGGAACGAUUAG